AUGCUCAAUAAUCCGCCUUCCUUAAGAAAGUCAUCCACCCCUAACUUUUCUAGGUCUAAUUCGAUAAAAAGGCUAUCGUUACUACCGAAGUCUAGUAGUAUGCUAAAUAUCAAUAACUCGUUAAAUGGUCAAUCCCAAUCCCAAUCCAAUACAAAUUCCAAUCCAUCUUCUUCUCAACCAUUUGGCGUGAAUAGAUCAAGAUCUAGUGCUUCUAAACCAUCUUCUUAUAACAAAAUACCUUCCAUUGCACCAAUUGUCAAUAGAAGACAUUCAUCGUAUUCUUUAUCUAACCAUUCACCAAAUACCAACACGAUCCCUAGUGCAACCCCUAAAAAACCGGUGCUCAAUUCCAAUAAAUCAACUUCGCCUCCUCCAGUAUUAUAUCAAAAUUAUGUGUCACCAAUUUUCCCACCAGAAAAACAAUAUUUUGAUAUCCCAUUCACAGAAGCACCAACUUAUCAAUCAACUAAUAUUCAAAUAUUUUUCAAGUUGGUAGAACCAAACAUUUUUUUACAAGGGUUCGAUUCCAGUGAAAGUUCUGUCACUUCAAAUAGUCCAUCCAUAUUAAGAGGUUCUAUGAUUGUAAGAGUAUUGAAACAAACAAAAUUGAAAAAAAUCUCUUUGACAUUUAGAGGUUUACAAAGAACUGAUUGGCCAGAAGGUAUACCUCCCAAGAAAUUGGAAAUCUAUGAGGCUAAUGAUAUAAUUACUCAUACCUGGCCCUUCUUUAAUUCCAAAUAUCCUCAAACAAAGGACAAUUAUUUGUUUAAGCCAUUACCUACUCAAUACGGUAAUUCCUUGUCAAAUUCUUUAAAUGCAAACCCCGAACCAAUCUCUAGGAGAUCUUCAGUGUCAAGUUUCCAAUCGUUGGCUACGAAUUCAAAUUCAAAUUCUAAUACACCAAAUCAGAAUACUUUAACUCCUUCAAGUAUAUUUAGAAGAUCAAGAGCUUUUUCAACAGAUAAUUUACCAACAUUAAAUCAAAAUUCAAAUUCCAAAAGAUUAUCUUUCCAAAAUGUAACUCAAAAUUCUUCAAAUUCGUUGUUCCCAAAUUUAUUCUCUACAACAAGUAAUACAACCACACCUACAAAUACCCCUAUAAAUACCACUACCAAUCCCUCCACAACGACAUCUUCUGUAGAUACUGAUGAAUAUACAACUUUCAAUCCAGGUGAUUAUAUAUUUACCUUUGAACAAUUUAUCCCUGCUAAUUAUCCGGAAUCUAUAAUGGCUGAUUAUGGUUAUGUUAAAUAUUUCUUACAUUAUGAAAUUCAAAGAUAUGGUACUUUCAAGUCAAAUAUUUAUGGUAAUCAUCCAGUAUCAAUUAUAAGAACUCCAAGUGAUAUGUCAGUAGAAGAUACUGAACCCAUCGAAAUCAUUAGAGAUUGGGAAAAUCAAUUGCAUUACGAUAUAAUUAUUGCAUCGAAGGAUAUAAUUCUUGAUGCAUUUUUACCCAUUACAUUCAAUUUUUAUCCAAUAGAUAAAGUCACUCUUCAUAGAGUUAAAAUAUAUUUGACUGAAACUAUGGAAUAUUAUUGUCAUGAUCAUAAAGUUAGAAGAUUAGAACCUACAAAGAAAUUCUUAUUAGCAGAAAUUGAUGGCCCAAAGAUUAAUUCAUCAAAUCAAUCAAAUGUAAAGGCUAAAAAUUUAGGAAAUCUUCUAAAAGAUGAUUAUUCAGAUGAUUUAGUUAAUAAAACUUUUAAUUUACAAGUGUUUAUUCCAUCAACUUUCACUUCUACAAAUCCAACCACUUCCUUAAAGAAAAAACAAACUUUACAUCCUGAUACUUUUUGUACAAAUAUAAAGGCAAAUCAUUGGAUAAAAAUUUGUUUAAGAUUAUCAAAGAUGAUUGAUGGGAAAAGAAAACAUUAUGAAAUUAAUAUCGAUUCUCCAAUUCAUGUUUUACAUAAAUUAUGUUCUCAUGCAAAUAUUUUAUUACCAAGUUAUAUUCAAAUAGAUCAAUCGACUAAUCUUCUAACAAACAAUAAAAGGUCAAAUUCUAUUAAAUCAAAGAAAAAAUCAAAAGAAGAAAAAGAAUUAUUACAUAAAUCAAAUUUUUUCUUCCCCAAGGAAGUAUUGUUAUCACACACUCUGUCGACUCCAGAAAAUUCGGGUUCAAAUGAUUUGGCAGUGCCAUUAAGAUCAAGAACAAGCUCAAAUUUCGAAAACAAUAAUCAUCAUUUUUUUCAAACUCCUUCUAAAAAGAGAAACUCAAUGAUUAAUCCAUCUUCUUCAAAUAACUAUUCUCAUCCUACUGGUUUAUUCAAUAAUGAUGAUGAUUCAAUCCUAUUUAGUUCCCCGAAAUUUAAAUCAAAUAUUUAUCAGCCAGAGAAUUUACAAAGAGAAUUAUUAUCACCACAAGCAGUCCCAUUGACUCCAAUAAAUUCGAAUAAUGCAACUACUACUAGCUCUUUAUUGUUAUUGGAUGAUGAUGUGAUUGAUAUUUCUAAUGAAUCAAUUACAAAACUAGAUGAGUCUCCUCCUCCCUUUGAUUAUAAAUUUACCUUACCAUCAAAUCCACCAACAUACAUAGAUGUGAUCAAUUCUUCAAAUGAAUUAUUAAAUAAUAAUUCCUUUUUGAAGUCAAAAUUAAAAGAUUCUAACGUGAAUGUUGCAGAUUCAAUGACACCAUCAAAACUAACUACACAAUCUAAACAGGAAACAUCAUCUGAACCUCUACCAUCGCAAUCUAGCCCAUUGGAGCCUUUUUCAUUACAAUCAAAACCGUUGGAGUCUAUUGUAUCACAAUCAAAAUCAAUAGAGCAUACUACAUCACAACCAAAUGCAUCACAACCUUUAUCAUUAGAACCUAUUGCAUCACAAUCUUUGGAACCUAUUUCGUCACAAUCUCAAACAUUAGAACCUACUUCAUUACGAUCUCAAACACUGGAACCUGUUCCAUUACAAUUACAACCAAUGGAACAUCCGCAAUUAAAAUCAGAAUCAGGCAUUCCUUCACCUUUCCAAUUACCACCACCUAUUCCAUCACAGUGUCAAACAUCUUCAAAAUCAAACAUUUCGACUCCAAUGCACACACCAAUGGAAACUCCAACCCAUUCACCUUUCGGCUCUCCAAGAAUUGUAUCAAACGAUACCCAUUCAAUUGGUAUUAUGAAUUCAAAUAUAAUUCCAAAUUCUCACCUAGUUUCCAGUUCUCCAAUUUCCUCAAAUUCCUUCGACUCUCCUAUUAAUUUCAAUACUGCUCCAAAAUUAUUUAAAGAUAAUGAGCAUUAUUUGUCUUCAACAAUAUCAACCCCUACUAAAAGUACUAAUAAUAAAAAUUCAGUAUUGAACAGGAUCCCUCCAAUUAAAUUUGAUUCUCCAAUUAAAGAUUUGCUAAACACACCAAUGCUUAAUACCAAUAAAGAUUCCUUAAUUGAUAAUUUUGAAAAUACAUCAGAAAAUUCAGCUUUAAAGUAUGCCGGAACUACAACUCUACCAAUUACCAACUCAUUGGAUAACUCAAUUCCAAUGACUACUAAAACUGAAGAACAACCCAAAAAACCUAUGGUAGUUGCACCAGAGACAAUAAUAAAUCCCCCAGCUGCUCCAAUUAUUACUAAUGACUCUUUACUUGUAGAUUCAACACGUAUUAAAUCGGCAACAAACUCUGAUAAUAUGAUAUUAAGCCCAAUUCCUAAUGAGCAACUAACUCUAAUUAAUCCCACCGAUAAGCCAUCAACUCCAUCCCAUAAUGAAAAUCUAGACUCUACAACAAAAACUCCUGUUACAAAAAAACCUCUAUUGAAUUCUAAGGUUGAAAGUUCAACAAAAAUCCCAAUUUUAGAUAAACAGCCAAUGCUUACUAAAUCAAAAAAUUCAACCGAUGCUUCUGCGAUUGAUGAGACCAACAAUUUGCAAAAAACUUCAAAUGCUAGUAAUCCACAAGCGGAAAUGAAGACUAAUUGUUCACUAAAGAAAGUAACUGAGAACAAAUUUCCCUUAUCAAUAGAUUCUGAAUCUUCACUGAAAAUACACCCUUCACAUAAGCCUUCACCGGCCAUAAAGAAUGACAAAUCGUUAGAAACAUCAACUGGAAAUAAGGCUCAAUUAGAAAUUAAUGUUGAAAAUUCAUUGAAAACUCCUAUUGGGGAUAAACCUCCAUUAGCAAUUAAAUCUAAGAAUAUGAUCAAAACUCCAAUUGCUAAUAAGCCUCCAUUAUCAAUAAAAACAGAUAAUUUAUUAAAGACUCCAAUAGGGAAUAAACUUCCCUUAGCAAUUAAACCCGAUACUUUGUUAAAAACACCCAUUUCACACAAGCCUCCAUCUGCCUUAAAAAAUGACAAAUCAUUAAGAACACCAACUAGAAGCAAGGAUCCAUUGGAAAUUAAGACGGAAAAUUCAUUGAAAACUCCUAUUGGAGAUAAACCUCCAUUAGCAAUCAAAUCUGAGAAUUCAAUAAAAACCCCAUUAUCCGUAAAACCUCCAGUAGCAAUUAAAGCUGUUAAAUCAUUGAAAACUCCAGUGUCUAGUCCCUCAAAGAUAAAACCUUUAACAAGAAAACCCAGCUCGAGCAAAAUCCCAACUAUAAAAUCAAACAAUAGUCAAGCAGCUGCUAAAAGAAUUGUAACUCCGAUAAAGAAAAGCGAGAUUCCUGUGAAAAGUAAUGCAUCAUUAACUACUGACGUCAGUACUCUGAAAGAAUCUAAACUUUUAUUUUCAAAAGCUACAAAACAAAGUACAUCUAAUUCCACGCACAAAACAAGCAGCAACAACAAUGAAACAACUGUAAAGAAAUCUGUAAAGAAAUCUAUUAAUGAUGAAACAAAGACACCAAAUAAGAAUAAUUCAAAUUCCGUAAGUAAAUUUUCUUUAAGGAAAGAACCAAAAGAUGAAACUAAAGAUAUUAAAAACACUCCUUCUAAACCCCUACUUAAAAGGGAUUCUAAAGAAGCCUCUCAGAAAUUAAUUAAAGAAAUAGCAAAAGAAAAUUUAAAUUCUACCAAUUGUAUUGAGAAUAAUGCUAUUACUAAAAGCAAUCAAAAUAAUAAAAAACUAUCUCUUGGCACUACUUCUAAAAUACCCUUAAAUGGUGCAGAUUCGGCUGCAAUAAAAGGUGUGAAAAGUACUAAAAAAUCUACUAAUGAACCCCUCAAGGUGAAUUCACUCACUGAGAAAAAUGAUAACGAAGUUUCUGAGAAUAAUAACGUUGGUAAAUUAGAUAAGAAACAAAAUAAUAUUCUAAAGCAAUCACUAAAGAAAAAGACUGAUGAAAGUAAUAAAAAGUCAAUAGAAAGUUCUAUAGAUGAAAAUGCCAAAUUGCUUUCUAAGAAUAUAUCUGAAGAAAAUACUGAGACAUUAAUUAAUAAAACAGAAAGUGAAAAUUCUGUAAUUCAAAGUAAAAAGGAGGCUAAAGAACAUUCUAAAAUGUCUUUAAGAAAGGAAAGCGUUGAAAAAGAUUUGAAAAGCAUUGUCAAGAGGAUUACUAGUCAGGAUACUAAAAAUAUAUCCAAGAAGGAACCCUCAACCGAAAUGGAAUCCAAAGUAGAUACUCAAGAUACUGCUCCUAAAAAAAAUACUACAACAAAGAGAAACAUAUUUAGAAAUAGUAUAAUAAAUACUAAGUCUACACCUGACACUUCAAAUAAAGCUGCUUCUGCAAACGAAGGCAAGAAAACUAUCUUUAGGAACAGUAUAAUAAACUCAAAAUCUAUACUAUUAGAUAUAUCUAACAAAGAAGACGCUGCAAGUGAGGGCAAAAAAAGCAUAUUCAAUAUGAAUAAGAAGAAUUCAACAAACAAAAAGAGUGACGAUGGAAUUGAAAAUACUAAAUUAAAAAAAUCUAGUGCAUUUUUAAAUAUUAGAAAUACACAUAAUGAAACGUUAAAUAGCUCAUCUAAGUCCACUCUUAAUAAAAUAUUAGCCGGAGAGUCAAAUGCCAGUCAAAAUAAUACUAAUACUAGAACAAUAUCCAGCACACCUCCUAAUGAGCACAAUAAUGAUAGUACUAGUAAUACACCAGAAUCAAUUGACAGAGGUUCAAUUAAUACAGAUAUGACUUCAAAUUCAAUUACUCCUCCUAGUAGUAACAUUGAAACUAAUUCAAUUGAUCAUAAUGAGAAUAUUAUUAAAAUUAAUGAUAACGAAGGGGAUAUUACCAGUUCAUAUCAUUUCACCAGUAAUAAAUCCUUAGUUCAUAAUGGUUUAGAUGCUAAUAGUAAUUCAGAUUUGGAAGAAAAUAAAGACAUUGUUAAUAAGCUCAAUACAGUAUCUCAAGCUGUUUUAGACCACAGACUUUCAAGAGGUAAAGAAAGUGAAUUUGAUCGUGAAAGCCCAAAUGGGAAUCGUUCAAAACGUAAUUCAGCUUCAAUUAAUGAGUUAGGUCAAAUUUUUAAUCGUUACACUUCAAAUAAUUCUUCAUUAAAUUCUUUAACAACGGCACUGACACAUAUCAGCAAUAGAUAUCUAUUAUCUGACGGGGAAGAAAAUGAUGAAGAACAAAGUAUUGGAGAUACUAUUAUUACUGAUGUAGAAGAUGAUGGUGCUUCGGAAUAUUUUUCUUUGUUUGAAGCUCCAAUAAUUCCAGGAGGAUUUAAUAAUGUACUUCAAACAGUUUUCAGUAAUGACGAUCUUAUAGAAUCAAAUAUGCCAGAUAAUGACUCAACAGAUGAAGAAGCAAAUAAUUCUCUUGAAAUUAAUAAUGACACCACAGAUGGACAAGAAACUGAUUCUAUGGAUGAUAACACUGAAGAUACACAUGUGGGCCAAUCUGAUGAUCUGGUAUCAUUAAACACCCAAAUAUCAUCUACCAUUCCCCAAGUUUCAAACUACAACCUUCCUAUGACCAAUAGCAACUCACAAUAUUCUCAAAACAAGCAACAAUUCCAACCUUUAAAUAAUCAGUUACCACCCUCUUACCAACCAUUUCCUCCCUCUUAUCAGCAAAUUCAGCCAGUUUUCCAAAAUUUCAAUCCAACGUAUCAACAAUUGACUCCAAUUCAACGCCAAUUCACCCCAUCCAAUCCACAGUUUGCUCCUAUUAAUCAACAGUUCACUCCAACUCAACAGAACUACCCACCACACCCACAGUUUACUCCUCUUGUUCAACAACCAAACACCCCUCCUCUGAACCUUCAAUUUACACCUAUUGCUUCAUACCAAAAUACUCCACCCAAACCUCAAUUCACUCCAAACGAGAACCAAUUCACAAACGCUGCUCCAAUUUUUAAUACUCCAGUUUCUAUCAAUAGCAACUACAAUGAUGGAAACUCCCCUAUAAUACGUUCAACGACCAAUGCUACAACAUUUUCUAACAAAAGAAACUCUAGCAAUCCAUUCCGUAAACCACAAUCAACCUUACAGCAAUAUAUGACUGCAUUUGAUUCAAGUUCUGUCGAUACGACAGCAUUUUAUUCUCCUGCUGAUCCUACCAAUGCUAUGUUGAAACAAUCGGGUCCACCAACAUCAUUUAAUUUACAUACCAACGUGCAAAAUAAUGGACACAUCCCCCCAGCAUCUAAUCUAAAUCAUAAUACUUCAAAUUUUGCACCUCCAAAUUAUUCAUUGGCAAUUUCUAAUCCCAAUACAACCAUGAAUGAUUUCUCAAACACAUUGCAUAGAUCCAAGUUUAACAAUUAA